GCUGGGUUCGGGCGGCCUGCCCUCUUCCAUUGUGUGAGACGGAGCCGGACAUGGAGCCGCACAGGACCCCCCUGUUGGAAGUAAAAGGGAACAAGGCCCCUUCUCGACUGCCUGUUUCAGGAAGCAAGCUCAAGAGGGGGCCUGACCAGAUGGAGAAUGCCCUGGAGCCUGAGAAGAAACGGAUACGAGGCCUGGGCCCAGUGAACAAAGUGAUCACCACGUCCCGUUCCAAAGCGCCCCCUCUGGUGGCUCUGCCGCCGACACGAGGCCAGAGCGCAGCCCAGAAAGUCCUCAAGAAAACAGUGCCACGGCAUUCUACAGCUGUAGCCACAGUGCCCAAGAGCAAGAAUCCAGUUGCAGCUGUUCCUGCCCAGAAGACUGAUACAUCAGCUGGCCCUCCCGUGACGGGGUGGAAAAAACCUAACAAACGUCCAGGCUGGGACUUAAAGGGUCAGUUAAGUGACCUAAAUGUAGAGCUGAAACACUACCGUGAGAGGACACAAACAUUGGACCAGGAGAACCAGCAGCUGCAGGCCCAGCUCAGAGAAGCCCAGCAUCAGGCCACGGCCACAGGGGAGGAAUGCAGGACACUGGCACAUGAGUUAGCCGAGGUGCGCGUGCAGGCAGAGCAAGGCCAGCAGGAGCUGGGAACCCUGAGCGCCCGUGUCCUGGAGCUGGAAGCGCAGCUGGACACGCAGGAGGGCUUGGUGCAAGCACUCCAGAAAGAGCAGUUGGAGUUGCAUGAAGCGCGGAGGGGCCUGGCCGCCCGGCUAGAGGAGCAGGAGAGGCGGCUGAAGGCAUCCGAAAUGGCUCUGUCAAGCAGCCAGGCGGAGGUGGCAUCUCUGCGCCAGGAGACUGCAGCCCAGGCGGCGUUGCUGGCUGAGCGAGGAGACCGUCUUCACGGGCUGGAGAUGGAGCGCCGGCGACUGCACAAUCAGCUGCAGGAACUCAAGGGCAACAUCCGUGUAUUUUGCCGGGUCCGCCCUGUCCUUCUGGGAGAGCCCAUCCCACCUGCUGGCCUCCUCCUGUUUCCCCCUGGCCCUGGGGGGCCUUCUGACCCUCCAACCCACCUCAGCCUCUCCCGGUCUGAUGAAAGGCGUGGGACCCUGAACGGGGUACCAGCCCCCUGCACCCGCCACGACUUUUCCUUUGACCGGGUGUUCCCGCCUGAGAGUGGACAGGAAGAGGUGUUUGAGGAGAUUGCUAUGCUUGUCCAGUCAGCCCUGGAUGGCUACCCAGUGUGCAUCUUUGCCUAUGGCCAGACAGGCAGUGGCAAGACCUUCACAAUGGAGGGUGGGCCUGGAGGAGACCCCCAGGUAGAAGGACUUAUCCCCCGGGCCUUGCGGCACCUCUUCUCUGUGGCCCAGGAGCUGAGUGGCCAGGGCUGGAUGUACAGCUUUGUGGCAAGCUAUGUUGAGAUCUACAAUGAGACCGUCCGAGACCUGCUGGCCACUGGGGCCCGGAAGGGCCAGGGGGCUGAGUGCAAGAUUCGCCGGGCUGGGCCAGGGAGCGAGGAGCUUACUGUCACCAAUGCCCGCUAUGUCCCCGUCUCUUGUGAGAACGAGGUGGAGGCCCUGCUCCAUCUGGCCCGCCAGAACCGGGCUGUAGCCUGCACAUCCCAGAAUGAGAGAUCAUCUCGCAGCCACAGUGUGUUCCAGCUGCAGAUCACUGGGGAACAUGCCGGCCGGGGCCUCCGGUGCGCCGCCCCACUCAGCCUGGUAGACCUGGCUGGAAGUGAGCGGCUAGAUCCCGCCUUAGCCCUUGGAACUGAGGAGCGAGAAAGACUCCGGGAAACACAGGCCAUUAACAGCAGCCUGUCCACCCUGGGGCUGGUCAUCAUGGCCCUGAGCAAUAAGGAGGCCCAUGUGCCCUACCGCAACAGCAAGCUGACCUACCUGCUGCAGAACUCCCUGGGUGGCAGUGCUAAGAUGCUCAUGUUUGUGAACAUCUCUCCCCUAGAAGAGAAUUGCUCCGAGACCCUCAACUCCCUGCGCUUUGCCUCCAAGGUGAACCAGUGUGUAAUUGGUACUGCCCAGGCCAACAGAAAAUGAAGAUGGAUCCAGAGCCUGUGGAGUGUCUGUCUGUCUACAUGUGUCAACUCUUACACCUGUAUCUGUUUGGGGACAGGGGUGU